CACAUUCCGAACCGGGCCCUAUAUCCAUCGAAACGAGCGGGCGCCAGGACAAGCUGCCACAAGUGUCAGGUUAUUUUAUUCUUCUCUAGCGACGUCCCGCGACAGGAACUACAGAAAACAACAAGGGCGAAAGGAAAUUAAGGGGAACAAAGAAAGAACACAGCACAUAACCAGUCGAUAGCCAUGGCGACCACCACGUCGGGCCUGACGCGGCGCAGAGGCGGAGGGGGCGGAGGAGGAGGUUUCGGAGACGGGGAAACCACCGGCGGCAUCGGCUCGCGGACCAAUUCGUCGGCCAACGUCCGGGACACGAGCGGCGGGCCCGAGACGAGCUACGAGAACGGCGAGAACGGCCACCGGAUCGCCUUCGACCCGCGCGACAUCAGCGAGAGCGCCGAGCGCAGCAAGCAGCCCAAGCUCACCCUCAUGGAGGAAGUGUUGCUUCUGGGGCUGAAGGAUAAGCAGGGCUAUCUGUCCUUCUGGAACGAUAACAUCUCGUACGCACUGCGCGGGUGCAUCGUCCUUGAACUCGCCUUCCGCGGCCGCAUAGCCAUGCAGAAGACGCCCUCAAGGCGGAGCUUCCCGCUGCCCGACCGCAUCAUCGAGGUCAUCGACGACACCCUGACUGGCGAGGUCUUGCUGGACGAGGCCCUCAAGAUGAUGAAGACGAGCGAGAAGAUGAGCGUCAGCAGCUGGAUCGACCUGAUGAGCGGCGAGACAUGGAACCUCAUGAAGAUCGGCUACCAGCUCAAACAGGUGCGCGAGCGGUUGGCCAAGGGCUUGGUAGACAAGGGCAUCUUGCGGACCGAGAAGCGCAACUUCCUCCUCUUCGACAUGGCGACGCACCCAGUGGUCGAUAGCGGCGCCAAAGAGGAGAUCCGCCGGCGCGUCCGCAACGUGCUGACGCAGCGCACCGUCGUGCUUAACAGCUCGCAGUGGCUCCCAGAAGGCCUCGAGUUCCGCUAUCUGCGCACCGUGGCCAUGGUCUGCGCCGCCUACGCGGCUAACGUCCUCGAAAACGCGCUAUCGACCCUCGGCCACGAGGCCCGCGAGAAGGCCUUCAACCAGACCGACGAGCUGCUUGCCGACUACAGCCAGUGGCCUUUUGGGCGCAAGGCAACCGGUAAUGACAUCGGGGAAAACCUCCCCCAGGUUAUUGGCGAGGAAGUCAGCAAGGCGCAUGACAAGGAGCUUCAGCUCGAAGUCGUCGCCGCCUGUCUGUGCGUCUUCACCCAACUGGAUUCUCUUCUCUAAUACUGCGCGGGUUGCCGCUGCCGGUGCCUCCUCCACCGUCGAUACGAGUCUCCCUGUUGCGCGACUAUACUCCAGGACGCGAUAGACGUACCGCCGUUCCUUUCUUUUUUUCAUUUCACCGGAAAGCCCGCUCUACCCGUCCCUCUUGACGUUCGCAACCCCCCUUUGGCAAAAAAUACGGAUCUAGUCAACGAACGGUACCGAUCAUUCCAAAUCAACAUCCUUGGUCCAGGGACAGAGCGACGGAUGGAAGGUGAUCUAUAU